AAGAAGCAUGUACUGUAGGGUGUUAGAGAGUCUAUAACACUCUUGGCAACUUAGCUUACUUACUUCCUCAUCAUCACUAUCCUAAUAUUCUUACGACAUGGCUCACCAACCUACAAGUACCAAACCAGUAGGGGAGGAGCCCCGAAUUGAAGUUAUCGACCGCGAAGAAGAUAUCAUUACCGGGUUUGACUGUGCUUGUAAGGCGUUUGGUAACCAAGUCCGUGACAACCUCUGGAUGGCUGUGAAUCCCGGAUGGGAUACGCCUGAGGGUAGAGCCCGUGCCGCAGCAAAACUGGUUAAGAAAUGGCGCAACGUCACAUACGACAAACAAGGGAAUCCAAACAGCAUUUUCCUCAAGGCUACUGUUUCAGACCAAGGACGACCAGUUGUGGCAGGUUUAGCUAUCUGGGAACAAUUAUCAAUCGUCGAAGGCCAUGGCGAACAGCCGCCUGACGACCAACGUAUCGCCUCGGACGUCGAGGCGCUAUACCCAGGCGAUGAGGUCGAGCAGCGCUACCUUUCCCAAACCUUGCGCUCGUUUUUUAAGCGCCGCGUCGAGGUUGUUAGGGAAAAGGCAACGUCGAAUCCACCAGCAGUGAUGCAUCUCCGUUCAUGUUCCGUCGAUCCGGCUUACCAGCGAAGGGGAAUCGCACAAAGGUUUGUUCAGUGGGGUCUUGACGAAGCACAACGUCGAGGUGGUUUAGAGGCUAUUACCGAAGCGUCAAGCAUGGGAAGGCAUGUAUACUCCCGUCUGGGCUUUCGCGCCGAAGGUCCCGAUAUGGAGUAUGAAGUUGAUGCCGAAUUUCUCUCGCGAGAAAGGCCACCCAACCUGUUCAUGCGCACUGGGGUCAGCCAACAAUGACACCAUACAAUUUGCGUUUUACUUCCGCUUUGAUUGGGAUGUAAAUACAGGAGUAAGAGUUCGAGGGACUGGUGUCCACUGCAUCACAGGGACUUGUAUAUGAGCCAGGUACCUGGGCUCCCCCUUUGUUCAUGAAGAAUUUUAAUCGGUCAAACAAAUCGCACGCAUUACUUAUACGAAUUCUUACCAGCAUCAAUGACAUUAACGCAGGACGAAUCAUAUCUCACAUUAAUGAGUUAAAGAAGACUAACGAAGUUAUAAGUAAAGGCUUUGUCUGGAAACUAUGGGUGGGAUUUUGAAUGAAGACGAUGCGUAACAUACAAUGAAUAUAGAUACUUAUACGCUCAAUACUAUUGUUUACUGGUAAACAAGGAAUGCUUGGUUUAACAUAGAACAAUGCUAUGGUCCGUGUCAAAAUAAAAGGAAGGGGAAGUAAUCAAUAAUUCCCA